CCAUUUUCCCUUCUAAACAACACAAUCUCUCUCUAGACAGGGACAAGCUCCUCCUAACCCAAGCAACAAUGGCAGUGGCGAAUCUGCAGAGGCUGUCUUCACAAGUCCACCGCCUCUCAUCUCUCUCCUUCUUCUCCAAAUCCCUAAUCUCCCGAUCCACCGCUUCAUCUUCCUCAUCAUCAUCAUCAUCAUCAUCAUCAUCACCGUCAUCGAAGAAGGUGUCAGACCGGAUCGUGAGGCUGUCGGCCAUCGACUUCGAGGGUAAGAAGCACGAGGUGUUGGGCCUGACGGGCCAUACACUCCUGAAGGCCCUAAUCAACACGGGCCUGAUCGACCCAGACUCACACAGGCUCGAAGACAUCGACGCCUGCUCAGCAGAAUGCGAGGUCAACAUCGCACAAGAAUGGCUCGACAAGCUCCCACCCAUGUCACACGACGAGGAGGUCAUUCUCAAACGUACCUCCAGAGCUAGGGUCCUUAACAAACACUCCAGGCUCGGUUGCCAGGUCCUCCUCAGCCAUGACCUUCAAGGUAUGGUCGUCGCUCUCCCCGAACCUAAACCCUGGGACACUUCCUAGGUUCGGACCCUUUUUAUUUUUUAUUUUAUUUUAUUGAAUAAUGUCAUCAAUUUGGAGAACGAGCGGAACUUGUUUGAACCUUUUCAUUGUAUUUUGGAUAUGCUGAAAAUUAUGUAUGGUGUUUUAGACUCCCCUGCCAGUUAUUGGCCUUCUAUGAAUAACUGUUUGCUAUAAUGUGUUUUG